ACUACUCCCGCGACGCAUCGCCCAGCUACGACUACCGCAGGGGCCAUGAUCGGGACCGUGAGGACUCCUACCGAAGGAAAGGCAGCAGGCGUAAGCACAAACGAAGGCGGCGUAGAACCAGGUCCUAUAGCCCAUCCUCCUCGGUGAGUACUUCAAUUCCCGAGCCUGCUCUUCCCCCCCCCAAUCCCUUCACCUAUCUCUUCCUCUACACGCUUCUGUCUCUCUUUCUCUGUAAUGUUUUUCUUUUCCACAGCCCCAGGAUUUGGUAAGUAAUAAACUCCUUUGUUUUACGUUGUUUCUUUUUGUUGACGUUUUGUCUUUUAAUUGAAUAGUUCACCCAAAAAUGAAAAAUCAUUAGUCAUUUACUCACCCUCACGUUAUUCCAAACCUGCAUAACAUUUUUUUGUGGAACGCAAAAGGAGAAUGUCCGGUCCCAAUUCACUUUCAUUGUAUGAGGUAAAACAAGCAGUGAAUGGUGACUGGGGCUAACAUUCUACCUAACAUUUCCUUUAGUGUUCCACAGAAGACAGUCAGUCAUGCAGGUUUUUGUGAACAACAUGAGGGUGAGUAAAUAAUGACAGAAUUUUCAUUUUUGGGUCAACUAUCCUUUAAUAGUGGUAGUCCAAGUCUUGGAUUUCAGUGUUUAUAGUAAUGUCAAAUUAGGAAUUGGUCCCUUUUGAAAAGCCUCUAGAGAUUUUCUUAAUGAUUUGAUUUGUAUUGCUAACUAUGAAUUAAGUCGUAAAUGGGAGAGCCUCAGUAAUCGUAAUAUUUAUCUCUCAAUUCACAUUUAUAUUUUAUCUUGCUAUCUACACAACUAUAUACAUUUUCCCCACAAUUUAUAGAUGAGAAAAAAAGAAUUUUUACAUUCCACCCCUGGAGUCGUGAGUUUGAAUCCAGGGCUUGCUGAGUGACUCUAGCCAGGUCUCCUAAGCAACCAAAUUGGCCCGGUUGCUAGGGGGGUUAGAGUCACAUGGGGUAACUUCCUCAUGGUCGCUAUAAUGUGGUUCUCGCUCUCAGUGGGGCGCAUGGUGAGUUGUGCGUGGAUGUCAUGGAGAAUAGUGUGGGCCUCCACAUGCGCUAUGUCUCCAUGGUAACGCGCGCAACAACCCACGUGAUAAAAUGCUCGGCUUGACGGUCUCAGAUGCGGAGGCAACUGAGAUUUGUCCUCUGCCACCCGGAUUGAGGCGAGUCACUACGCCACCACGAGGACUUAGUGCGCAUUGGGAAUUGGGCAUUCCAUGUUGGGGAGAAAAAGGGGAGAAAAUCAAAGCAAAAAAAGAAUUUUUAUAUUGUUCCAUAAUUUCAGCUGUUUUUAUUUUAUUUGUUGUCUGACAGUAGAGCAACUUUUUUUUAUUUUAUGGAUUUAUGUUCUGAAUAGCAAUGCUUUUACUCAUCUGCUUUUUAUUUAAUGAGUAAAUUUUGAUGCAGGUUGCCUUUUGUGACUUUUGUCAGGGCUGCUAGGCAGAGGGAUGAGGGGAGUUUUAAAGACAGCAAGAAGGGUGGGGUAAAAUUGUUAUCUUUGACUUGAUCCCUUGCACUAUAUCCCUAUCGUUAUAUAUAUCUCCUCACGUGGUGUCAUACGAUUCACCCCAUGAUCACCAAACCUACCUACAACAACUACAACACUGGUCAUCUUCGUCGCCGUGGCCACGGCUGCCCCCCUCCACUCUCCCUGCUCCGCCCACCUCCCCUCCUCCCUCUGUGGUCGUGGUGUGACCUGUGACCCUGGCUGGGGCUGAAAGCAGCGGAGUGACAGCGGGACACGGGCUCUGUGUGUGAGGGACGACGAGGAGGGUCACCUGAUCUGUCGGAGUGGCGACGUCCUGCAAGAGAGAUGUACACACUGCCACUACUACUACUCCUCUACUCCUAUCUCAUGAGAUCGUUAGCACUUUGGGCGAGGGCACCUUCGGGAGGGUGAUGCAAUGUAUUGAUCAUCGAAGGGGCGGAGCUCGUGUCGCUCUGAAGAUCAUCAAAAACGUAGAGAAGUACAAAGAGGCUGCACGGCUGGAGAUCAACGUACUGGAAAGAAUCAAUGAAAAGGAUCCUGAGAAUAAAAAUCUAUGUGUGCAGAUGUUUGACUGGUUUGACUAUCAUGGGCAUAUGUGUAUCAGUUUUGAGCUGCUGGCCCUCAGCACUUUUGACUUCCUCAAAGAAAACAAUUACCUGCCUUACUCCAUCAGCCAAGUGCGUCAUAUGGCUUACCAACUCUGCCUGGCUGUCAAGUUUUUACAUGAGAACAAACUGACCCACACAGACCUAAAACCAGAAAACAUCCUGUUCAUCAACUCUGACUUUACAAUGACAUACAACGUGGAGAAGAAGCGAGAUGAGCGUACUGUGAAAAGCACAGCAGUGAGGGUGGUGGAUUUUGGCAGUGCUACAUUUGACCAUGAGCACCACAGCACCAUUGUCUCAACCCGGCACUACAGAGCACCAGAAGUUAUUCUGGAAUUGGGUUGGAGUCAGCCGUGUGAUGUGUGGAGUAUUGGCUGCAUCCUCUUUGAAUACUACCUCGGCUUCACUCUUUUCCAGACUCAUGACAAUCGGGAGCAUUUAGCAAUGAUGGAAAGAAUUUUGGGCCCUGUUCCUUCCAGGAUGAUUCGUAAGACUAGGAAACAAAAAUAUUUUUACCGUGGGCGCCUGGACUGGGAUGAGAACUCCUCAGCAGGAAGAUAUGUCAGAGAAAACUGCAAACCUUUACGGAGAUAUCUUCUCUCUGAAGCUGAAGAGCAUCACCAGAUGUUUGAUCUGAUAGAGGCCAUGCUGGAGUACGAGCCAGCGAAGCGCAUCUCUCUCGCUGCAGCCCUGAAGCAUCCCUUCUUUCAGAGCAACAUCAGCACUGCUGACCAGACCGCCGGUAAAAGCUGGGAGGGAAGCCGCGACAUCAGUCGGUGACACAGAUAAACAAACGUCUCUAUCUUGCACCAACAUCCCUGAGGACUCGCAUGCCAAGAGAGUUGGAGCCGAAAUGACCUUUAUACAGUUUUACAGUUCAAGAGAAAUAAAACAUUUUAUGGCUGGUCGACUCACAGAGUUCUGCAUUUCGUGAUCAUCUUCCUAUAAUGUGAGAGCAACCUCUUGUCCUUAGGAGAAUAAGAGAACAUGGCUUAUAGAAGUUCCCAUAAACUGUCAUGCUUGUAACCGAUUUUUGAUUGGACAUUUCGAGGGAUUGCUGAAUGGUUAUGCCCUCUUUGGCAGGAAUUCAGUUCUUCCAGUGAACAGCCAGUUUUGGCUAAUGAUUCUUUUGGACAGCCAUACGCUGAGGGACAGUGGUUUGAAUCAUCGCAUUAGUCUGACACUCCUUUGAUUAAGAAAAUAACUGAGAGACCAUCAAAGCAAGUGUUAUAACUGUUACAAUGUAGUUAUUUAUUGGGCGGAUCCAUUUUAGCCCUUAGCUGAUAAAAAAAAAAAAAAUUGCAAAUGCAUCACAACCCACACACUCUUUGUUUUCGAUUAUUCAAACCAUGUAACAGAGCACGCAUUGUUCUGUUCUUUCUGUCCUUCACACACGUUUACAGUAUUUAUUUAGUUCUAACUGUCUAUCUUUUUGUGUCUUUGUAUGAAAUUUAAUGUAUAAAUGUGUAAAUAUGUUGUGACUAGAAUAAAGGCCCUAUCUGUC